GCUUAAGAACUCACAGGGGCUGGGGCCCAGAAAGGAUUUAACAAAGGAGUUACAUGCUUGUUUCUAUGGUAACGCUGCAUUUCCUGAGCCACUGAAGGACAGAAGGUUAUCCCUGAACAUCCAGCAAACUCAAAAGUCCAAGCUCCCUUCACCAAUGAGCAGUCAAGCUAACGGCGGGGAGUCGGUCCCUCCAGCUCGGACCAAUCAGAGGACAUUUUUGGAUGAUUUCAUUCUGACCUUUAGUUCACCGAUGGCCUGGCUGCUGGUUAUGGCUCUGAUCCUCACAUGGUCAGGAGUGGCUAUCGUUCUCUUUGACCUGCUAGACUAUAAAACUCUGGCAGAGUACACAUCAUACUGUGACGACCCCGUGUGUUUACAUCCCGGUCUCCCUCCUCCUCCUGCCAUCGCUAAGAGAGGUUUGAAGGCUAGAGGUGGCGUUCGUCCAAUAAGAUCAAACCCCGCAGCGAUCGCUGGUGAUAUCACAGCUCAGGAGAGCACUGAUUGGUUGGCAAUGAUGUGGACUUUUGCAGUCAGUUUGGUAGCUCCCGAUGAUGAGGAGGAAGGUAUUCACCAACUAAGUGAAACCCUCACAUCUUUCCACUCUGAGGAGCUCUGAACAAGAGCAGCGUGGAGAGAUGACAAGAACGGACAAACAUGAAGCACUGGAGAAAGGAAGAGGAGGCAUAAAAGAGACGAGUGUCUGACUGAAGUGGAAGAGGGGAUGUAAAGAAACAGCAGGAAGAGAAGGACACAUGUACAGUUUAUCACAGUUAUGUUUCUUUCUGUGUGUCUAUUGUUAACUGGUAUUUGAUGAAUAAAAACUACCCUUCUGAAGCCUU